AUGCCAUCCAGAAACUCUAUCAACAGGCCAAAACAGCAAGUUAACCUGAACCGGAAAGUGCACUCUCUAGCCAAAAAGAGAGAUGCCAUGGACCGUGCAGGUCUAUUGAAGCCAGCACGUUCUUCCGAACAGUCCAAAUCCGGAUUGGCAAAGUCUAUUCCCAUGGAUCUCUACAAAGGUGAAAAACUCUCCGCCGGGCCCCUCACAACCAAAACUCUAUCCAAGAAGAGAGCCAAGAAGAUUGAAAGAAACAUGAAAUACGCUGAGCAAAGGAAGCUGCUGGUUGACGUUCAAAAAAAGGCCGAGGAUAGCAUGGACUUGGAUGUUGAGAGCAAGAAACAAGCUUCGGCACCCAAGGGUCAGCUAGAAAGAGUCAAGACAGCAUUGUUCAAGGCUGUUGAGGAUACUGCAAGCAGCGGGCUCGUAUUAGAAGCAGGUGCAGGUACCACUCUAGGCGGUCCUUUCUUUCCCUGA